AUGCGUCCGAACAAUGAACCCGACGAUGACGCGAUUGUUUUGGCGCCCGACCAAGCCUCGCAGGUCGACCGCUUCCGUGAAGAUCUCCGCCUCUGCGAGACCGAUACGCAGCGAUACGGCCUGUGUGUGCAGAAGCGAGAUGAGCUGCUCGACCAACAUAGCGGACUGCAGGUCUUGGUCGCCGCCUGCGAGCAUGUCAUGUCGACCGAGUGCCCCGAGUACAGACGGCGGAAGCAGACCAAAAACCGAGACUCGACCCCGCCGUUGCCAACAAACAAAGAUGACGAUGCAGCGCAGUGGGAUCGCUUUUUGGGGGUGGCCACAGACGGAUCCAAGCAUCUCUCUGCUUUGAAGGAGGUCGUGCGAUGUUGGGGCCGAGACAUUGUCCAGCACUACCAGUGGGCCUCCAAGAGAGUGAAAUACUGGAAUCAACUGCGCACCACGGCGCGGAGAGUCCCGGUGUGGGAGGAAGCUGUCGUUGGUCUGAACUGGUCGAUGCUCCAACGGUCUAGGGAUAUCCAUCGACGGCCGGUCAAGGCUUUGGUCAACCCGAUUGAACAGGCCGAUCUGGACAGUCUCAGAACUUGGUCACGCGAAGAUCCAUUU